AUGGCUGCCCGUAGCGCCGCUACCAAGAUCGACUGGACCAAGGUGACGGGGUCCCUGGGCCUGCGUGGCCAGACGGCCACCUCGCUGCAGGCCUUCAAGAAGCGCAACGAUGACGCCCGCCGCAAGGUCACGGCGCUGUCCGAGCAGCCCCAGACCGUCGACUUCGCCCACUACCGCAAGGUGCUGAAGAACCAGGCCGUCGUCGACCAGAUCGAGAACCAGUUCAAGACCUUCAAGCCGGCCACCUACGACGUCAACCGCCAGGUCAAGGCCAUCGAUGCCUUUGAGGCUCAGGCUGUGCAGAGCGCCCUUGAGACGAAGGGUAAGGUCGAGGCUGAGCUGCAGAACCUCCAGAAGACGCUGGAGAACAUUGAGACUGCUAGGCCGUUCGAUGAGCUUACUGUUGACGAGGUCGCUGCUGCUCAGCCCGAGAUCGACGAGAAGACUUCUUCGCUGGUCUCCAAGGGCAGAUGGAUGCCCGCUGGCUACAAGGAGCGCUUCGGCGAUAUGUCUGUUGUCUAAGCUCGUAUCCCUUGUGCCCGAUAUCUCCGUCGACCGGGUCUCACCUGACAACGUCUCAUUUGAGGCAUGGCCAGAUCGAAUACCCUGGCGUCUGGGGGUGUGAUCUGGUGGAUGGAUUGUGUAUAGAAACAUUGUUCAAUUUAGAAGAUGUCUUCUUCUUUUC